ACAGAUGGUUUGGUAGUAUUAAACGACUGUUCGUUUCACGCCACGGUCUCAGUAUCGCAUAGUUUUGUAAUGUUCGAGUCGCUGUUUUUAUUGACUUUCCUAUGCCACACCAUACUGAGUGAAGCACAUGAAAGAUUUCCAUUUCUUGUCGAUGAUAUCAAACGAGACUUGGCUCAGAAGGCUUUGGAUUGGCUGAGAGAUAUGAACCGCAAGAAAAUUAAGGACAGCUAUGAUACAUCAGCUGCUGCCAAACCCGAAGGGUUAUCUUUUGAUGCAUUAUUGAGGUUAUUGCUUCCUAUGAUGGAGGCAAGAGCUACUUCAGGCAAUUCUCUAAAAGAAGUAUCACAUACACUCGACUAUGAAGAUCCAGGCCAAACUUCUCGACCAGAAAAUGACCCCGAAAUAAAUCAAAGUCAAACUAUUAAAAAAGAAGUGCUAAUUUUAGAAAGAAGAAUAGUACAGUUGCUGGAAUCUCGUUUUUCAAUCGCUCAACGAACCAGUGUAGCCGAAGAGGAUGAUGACUUAUCAUUCUUCAAAAGUUUAAUUCCUUCGUUUAAAGAACUUCCACUUCAUAGACGAAUGAUCUUAAGAUCAAAAAUUAUGAAUUGUGUCAUCGCAGAGCUUGAAUAAGGAAAACCCAGCAACAGACCAUGGUCAUCUCCACCGAUAGUUUCAAGUGAGCCUCCAUUACACUUCACAACAUAUGUCCCCAAUCUACAAAAUGUACCCAACUCUUCAGCAAUAUUGUGCCCCAGAUCCAUCCCAUCCCCAUACCAAUCCCAACCACAAAAUUCCGAUUAGCAGACCCUCAACGUUUCUCUAAUUACUUUUAAGUCUUAAAAACAGUUUGAAGUUUAAUGAUUCAAAUUUAAUGAGAGGUUUUUUUUGUCGACAAUGGCUAUAAUUGUUAUUAUUAUUCUCUUUAACAUAUAUUUAAUUUUUGCCAUUUUUACUCUGACAAUGUUUUUGGUAGUUAAUUAAAAUGUGAUUAAUAUGUACUUUACGUUUCGUAUUGUUAUAAAAAUGUUCUUGCUAAGAUGCAUUAAAAUAAUUUACAUACUAUAAAUAAUUUACAUGAUGAAUGAUAACCGAUUGUGUCACGAUUUAUCAAUUCAAGUUGCAAGUAGUUGUAUCUCCCUCCAAAAUGAUAGACCUGAGAUUAAGUAGAUAAAUCAAAACCAACUACUAAGAACUUCCUGCUUGGAAAUAAAGUUUAACGGAAGUAUAAUUAGGUUUGCCUUAUUGCUUCUAGUCACGAUACCCUGUCCCAAGUAAUAUGCCAAGCUGAUACUUCUCGGACUUAAAG